AUGCUGAUUAACGGUGAAAAGUGGGCCUGUGAAACAUGCAUCAAGGGCCAUCGAGCAACACAUUGCAAACACACAGAUCGCAAAUUGAUCUCUAUCAAAAAGAAAGGCAGACCUGCAACCCAAUGCAAACGAUGUAGAGAACUGCGAGUGCUAAGGCAGCUUCAUGUCAAGUGCGAUUGCGAGGAUUCAGGUCCAGGUGUGACGAAAAAGAACAGCAAUAGCAAUUCCAGUCCUAGCCUAUCUUCAGUAGCUCCUAGAAAGAGAAAAAAGGUAGAAUCACUGCGACCUCUUGCGCCCAAAAUAUCAGAAUCCAAAGGCUGCUGCAAUAGUAGUAAACCACUGCCACCACCAUCUUCAUCGUCGCCAUCAACACCUGCCCCAUCAACACCCACUACGCCCAUAGCGCAUGUUACACCAGAACCAGUCAGCAGUUGUUGUAGCAAGAAGUCGCUACCAUCUACAGCUACAUCUACACCGCCGCCGCCUCCUGCUAUUGCUUCAUUAUCAUUCAUACCAGCAGACAUGGAUUCAUCGCCCUCAAUAUUACCGCUCGAACCUGUUCCACUUCCUGUUAUUCCUCCACCAUCAUCAUGCUGUGGACCACCAUCUAAAAACCAGCAAGGCGAGACCAUUCGAGUGGUGACAUGUCGAUGUGGUGAUUCUUGCGCCUGUAUUGGCUGCGAUGCACAUCCUUCCAGGGCAAUGAAAGAAGGAAAAAACGAUGUGUAUAUUGGAUUUGAUACAUCAGUAAAUAGCAAUAAACGACGUCUCUCCAUUGCAGCCAUCUGCGCAACAUCCUCAGCAUCGACUCCAGCAACCAGGACAUUUGCACCAUUUCUUUCACAGCAACAACAACAAGACCAUCCUACCUCUAUACUAGCUGAAGACGGCACUGUGUUAUGUGGAUGUGGAUGCUCAAGAGCGUUUGCAGAGUGCUCAGAUUGUUUCCGCGAAUUAUGCGAUGGCUACUUCAAUUAA